CGACUCGUCCCCUGAGGUUGAACCGCCCUUAAUACAUGUUUAUCAGCGUGGUUCUGUUCUGAGCACCAAGAAUUCUUGAUCUCCAUUUCUCCACUGGGUGUAAGUGGCUGGUUUCUCUGUCACAUUGGUACCGAUUCUGCAAGUUUAAAACAGUGGAUCAAAGGCAGCUGCGUUGAAACAGUGGGGAUCAAAGGCAGCUGCGUAUACAAUCAGUGGCAGUUUCUGUCGACACCGGAAGUGCCUUCUCGAGCUGCCGCUGCCACGAUGUGAGUUUGCCCUAACUGCAGAAAGUGUGUCCGUCUCCGGAGCUCAUGUCCCGGGUCACACUGUCAGGAUGAUGGAAUCAAGCCUGAACAACAAGGCAGAGAGAAGAGAGCAGCUCGAGGACGACGACUCAGCACGACUCAGCACUUUACCACACGCACAGCAUUCCAGCAUCGAGGAGCGAGACCACCUCCAGGUCUUCCUCCGAAUCCGACCCUUCACCUCAGCAGAGAGGAGUAACGGAGAGUCACUGGAUUGUGUUUCCAUCGAGUCUCCGGACACAGUCCUGCUGAAGCCUCCAUGCUCGACAGACAGAUCACUGCCACAGACUGGACAACGCUUCCAGUUCUCUCAGGUGUACGGUCCUGAGACGACGCAGAGAGAGCUGUUUGAAGGCACGGUGAAGAACUUGGUGAAAAAUGUUCUUGAAGGAGAAAACUCACUGGUUUUCACUUACGGAGUCACCAACGCUGGGAAGACCUUCACCUUCUUAGGUCCAGAUGCUGAUGCAGGGAUCCUGCCCAGGUCUCUGAACGUCAUCUUCAGUAGCAUCGACGAGCAGGUGUUCACCGGGACGAGCAUCAAACCUCAACACUGCAGUGACUUCACAGGACUCAGUGCAGAGCAGCAGGUGGAGGAGGAGAUGUUCAAGAGGAACCUCUUCAGGCAACUGAAAGAAAGUGACCGGAGCAAUGCCAGCCUGUUGAACUCGACCAACAAGACGCUCAGUGAAGGUGCCUCCGUCCUCGGGACGACUGUGGCUGCAGAGGACAAAAUCAGCCUGGAUUUGAAAACGCACACUAAGUUCUCUGUUUGGGUUUCCUUCUGUGAAAUCUACAAUGAGAACAUUCACGACCUCCUGGAGGUGGCGUCCAGCGGGGCCCUGAGGAGGACGGUCCUGCGUCUGUCACAGGACGUCAGGGGCAAUGCCUUUGUCAAAGACCUGCGCUGGGUUCAGGUCGACAGUGCAGACGAGGCGUACACGGUGAUGAAGCUGGGGAAGAGGAACCAGAGCUUCUCCUCCACCGGACUCAACCACCUGUCCAGCCGGAGUCACAGUAUUUUCACCAUUCGCAUUUUGAGGAUUGACGCUUUUGGGAAGAUCCCCAUAGUCAGCGAGUUGUGUCUGUGUGACCUCGCCGGCUCGGAGAGAUGCGCCAAGACUCAGAACAAAGGAGAGCGUCUGAAAGAAGCUGGAAACAUCAACACGUCCCUGCUCAUCCUGGGGAAAUGCAUCAAUGCCCUGCGGCACAACCAGCAGGCCAAGCUGCUUCAGCAUGUUCCCUUCAGAGAGAGCAAGCUGACCCACUACCUGCAGGGCUUCUUCUGUGGCCGAGGAAAAGUCUGCAUGAUAGUCAACAUCAACCAGUGCGCCUCCAUGUACGACGAGACCCUCAACGUCCUCAAGUUCUCUGCCGUGGCACAGAAGGUUGUAGUUCUGUCCACAAGGCCUCUUGCCUCUAAACCGCAGAGGUCUGAGAGGAAGACUCCUGGCAGCAGGGGGAGCUCUCUGAUGGACUGGGAGAGCAGCCUGGAGGAUGUGAAGGAGGAAGUGGACAAUGAGUACGAGGAGGAAAAUAGCCUGAUGGAGGAAACUAUGGACCAGACCGGGAAUGAAGAGGAUGAUGAAAUCCUCACCAGCAAACAGACGCACCAGCAGCAGGUGGCGCUGCUGAGGCAGCUGCAGAUUGAGCUGAAGCAGGAGCGAGCGGCGGGUCUGCUCACCGAGGCUCGAGUGAGAGAGGAAAUCAGCAGAGAGUUCUCUGACCUUUUCUCAGAGAUGCAGGUCGACUUCAAUGAGCGCUUGGUGAGGGAGAGAGAAAUCUUGGAGGAGCGAGCAGACCGGAGGCUCGAGAUCUUUAAGAACCUCGUUGACAAAAUGACCAAAGCUGGAACCGGUCAGGAAGCACAGGACAUGGACAAAUCUCUCGACUCCUCCGAGGUGUUGGAGCUGCAUGAGCACCAGAAGAAAGUCCAAGAGCAGGAGGCUCAUAAACACAAAGGCGAAACCAACGAAGAGGCCGAGGAGACGAUGACGCUUCUCUCUCAGCUCCAGGAGAAGUCGUCUGAGGUUUCCCGGCUGGAGAAGCAGGUGGAAGAUCUGCAGAGGGCAGCACAGGCGCGCUCACAGAGCCGCUCCUCCACGCUCGAGAAGGAGAGGUCACCUGAGAGGUCACCUGAGAGGUCACCUGAGAGGUCACCUGAGAGGUCACCUGGGCGAGAGCAGCUGCAGGAGGCGCUGGCAGCCCUGGAGAAGGAGAAGAAGGACAGAGAAGAUGUGGUAUCUGCUCUGGAGUACCAGACUUUGGGCAAAGAGGAGGCUCUGGCUUCUUUAGAGGAGGAGAGGAAAGCAAGGGAGGACGCCAUUGCCUCAGUGGGCGAGCUGAAGCUAGGCAAAGAUGAGGCAUUAGCAUCCCUGGAAAGAGAGAGUAAAGACAAAGAGGAAGCCAUAGCAGCUCUUACAGAAGUGAAGGAGGCGCUCGCUGCUCUCAGUAAAGAGAGGAGCAUCGUGGAGGAGACUCGCUCUCUCCUGGAGACAGAGAGGAUGAAGACGAGCAGCCUGGAAGAGGAGAGAGAGAAGAGGCAGCAGCAGGUGGACGCCCACCAGCAGGAGGUCAUGGAGCUGACUUCCAAAGUGGAGGCUGUGGAGCGUCAGGUGGCGAGUGAGAGGGAGAGAGCAGAUCACGUGACCGUCCAGCUGGACGAACACUCGAAGCAGCUCCAGGUGAAGACCUCUCAGGUCCACGUCCUGACGCUGGAAGCUCAAAGCCUGAAGCUGGAGCUGCAGAGCUCCACAGCGCCGCCCGGCAGCGUCGGGGAUCAGCUGAGAGACGAGGUGUCGGUGCUCAGGAAGAAUCUGGCUGAUGAGGAGGAGAAAAAUGAGAACCAGCGCGUUCAAACACUGGAGCUGGAGCGUGAGCUGCAACAGCUGAAAGAUCAGCUGGAGCAAUUUAAUGAGAAGCUUCAUCAACAGCACGAAGUUGAAGAGCUGAGGAAGAAGCUUCAGGAGCAGGAAGUGAUGUCACAGACGACACUGGAUGAGCUGAGAUCUAAGCUUGAAUGUCAAGAGCGUUCGUCCAAAGAAGAGGAACAAAGACAGGCCUCAGAAAUCCAGCUGGAGGAGCUGAAGUGCAAACUGAGUGAACAACAAGAAACUUCUGACAAAGUCUUAGAUGAUCUGAGGCUAAAGAUCAGCGAACAGGGGAAAACUGCAGAGCUGCUCAAGGCCGAACUGGAAGAGGCUAGGUCAAAGGUCAAAGGUUCCUCCCGCUCUGAAGAAGAGGUCAAGAGGUUAAACUCUGAACUCCAGACAGAGGUGGCAGCCCUGAGAGAAAAGAUUUCCAACAUAGAAGAAGCUAAAGCUCCUGCCUCCGAAACCAAAGCUCUGCUCGCCUCUUCAGAGACGGAAAGGGACAAACAGACGGAGAAGAGCGCAUCUGCAGAGCUGCAGAAGAAGCUGCUGGAGAAGGAGGUUCAGGUGACAGCCCUGCAGAGCAGCCUGCAGGAGGCCCUGGAGCGGCGGGAGGAGGAGGAGAUCCAGGCGGUGCAGGAGGCUCGACGCAGGGAGGCGGAGAGACGCAGGGAGCUGCUGGCUGUCGCCCACGAGGCCAUCGCUCAGAAGGACGAGGCGCUGGAGAAGAAAGGCGGCGAGAUCCACAGGCUGAAGGAAACCGCUAAGCAGGCCUCAGAGAAGGUGGAGAGCCUCGGCCUGGAGCUACAGAGGAAAGAGGAGGACGUGUCGGAUCUCAGAGAGAAGCUGGCUGACUACAAGAAGCAGGUCCAGCAGGUCCAGAAGGAGAUUUCUGCGAUGAGGGAAGAGGUGAAGGUUUCCAGACAGAAGCUGACGGACACGGAGAAAACCAAGAAGCAGCUUCAGUCUGAUGUGGCCAACAGAGACCGAACCAUCCAACAGCUCAGACAGGAACUGUCAUGUGACACAAAGUCUGACCAGACGCUCUACCAGAAGUCCUGUAAAGAGCUUGAAGCCAGAGGGCGGGUGAUGGAGGACAUGCGCUUGGCUCUGACGGAGCAGGAGGAGACCCAGGCGCAGAUGGACGACGUCCUGGAGCAGAAGCUGAACCUCAUCCAGGACCUGUCUGACGAAGUGGACAAACUGAAGGCGAAGCUGUUGCAACAGGACGGUGGAGCCGACGCCCACUGUCGGGUCGACAGCUCGUCACAUGACCUCAGACAGGCCGAACAGGAAGCUGCACAGGCUCAGGACAAACUCAAACUGUGUACAGACAAACACCAGGCCGAACGCAAGAAGUGGCUGGAGGAGAAGCUCUCUCUGAUUGGCCAAGCUAAAGAGGCCGAGGACAAGAGGAACCAGGAAAUGAGGAAGUUUGCUGACGACAGAGAACGUUUCGCUCGCCAGCAGAUCCAGAUGGGGGCGCUGUCAUCCCAGCUGACAGAGAAGGAUCAGACCAUGGAGACUUGGAGGAAGGAGAGAGACACUCUGGUUUCAGCUUUGGAGGUUCAGCUCCAGAAACUUCUCUCCAGUCAGGCAGAGAAAGACAAACUCAUCCAGGAGCUACGGCACAAAUCCACACAGCCGCCACCAGAGUGUGUCGGUGGUGAUGGUGAUGAUGGUGGUGAUGGUGGUGAUGGUGGUGAUGGUGUGGACGUGGCAGAGCUGCAGGCGGCUCUGCGUGAGAGGGAAGCCGACAUCCAGCGGCUGAAGGAGGAGCUGGAAGCGUCCACUAUCCGCCAGGUGGACACGGUCCCUCAGGAGGAAAGCAGCGAGAGCCCUGCUCCACUGGCCGGGAAACCCCAGAGUGAAGCCAUCAGGGAGAAGUCAGAAGGACGGACGGACCCCAGAGCGUCAGUGAGCAGCCAGGGCUCCGCUGGCUUCCCAUCUGUUCUCGAUGCGUCUGAGAUCUCCACAGAGAACGGGCGGACGAGCCGUUUCCCUCGGCCCGAGAUGGAGAUCUCCUUCAGCCCCCUGCAGCCCAACCGCAUGGCCCUGAGGCGCCAGGGAGAGGAGAGCGCCGUCACGGUGAAGAUCACCCGCUCAGCACGAAAGAGAAAGAGCGGAGAGAUGGAGAAGUCUCACAUUUUCAGGAGGAGUAAACGACGACCGACACGUGAGGAGGAGGUGGAGGCAGAUAACAGAAGGAACACAAGAACCAAACUGACGACAAAGCUGACCCCACACAAAGAGGAGAUCUCGUCCCCGGCGGGUCGCCACACCUCCCGCAGCAGGAAGGAAGGGACGCUGCAGAAGAUCGGAGACUUCCUGCAGAGCUCCCCCACGCUGCUGGGCACUAAAGCGAAGAAGAUGAUGAGUCUGGUGAGCGGUCGGGUUGAGGCCGCCUCCUCCUCCUCCUCCUCCUCUUCCUCCCUCAGUCUGAGAGCAAACAAGAACAAGAAGAAACUGCACAGGCCUGAGAUUUCCUCCCCCAUGGACAUGCCCUCACACCCAAUCAUCAGCCGAGAGCCGGUGGAGAGAGAGAGCGACCAGCAGAUCAUCAGGAGGCGUCUUCGCUCCCGGCUGAUGAAAUGAGGAACGGACCAUUGUCUGGGUUAGCUUAGCAUAAAUCUUAAUUCACAGUUCAUUCCUUUGAUGAUCAAUAAUCAGCUGACUGAUAAAUGACUGGUUUUAGUGAUAAGAAGUGACUUCCUAUAAACACUCAUUUGUUUUUCUUCACUUUAGACAGAACGUGCUGACUUUUACUUUAAGUGCAAUUAGCCCCCGAUGUUCUCGAGAUUUGUUUUAAUCUGCUGUUACUUUAUAUUUAGUUUGAUAUAUUUAACAUUUCUGUUUGUUAAAAGAGGAGUUUUUUCUCUAUCUCGUGUGAAACCACUGAUUUAAACUUCAUGUUGUGGAGGAGAAAUGGUUCAAAUCACUUAAACUACAGUUCAGAAGUUCUGCUGCACUUUAUCCCCGAGGUCAACAGGUCGAAGCUCCGGAGACGAGAAGGAUUCACUUUGUACAAUAAAGUUGUUUUGAGGUUAAAACGUUAGUUUCAUGCACUUUUCUCUCAAUGUUCAGUUUAAUCUUCAGAAUUUUCAAACAUUUGUUUAAUAAAAAAAUGUAAAUCAG